AUCACUUCAUCUAUGCAUCAGUAAUUUAAAUAGUUAAUGUCUCAGCCAACACCAUCUUCAGUAAAGGGACUAUCCGAGCUGCCAUCCCAUCUACACUUGCAACAAACCCCAAACACGUAUUCGACUUCACUUCUGCGUGUGUGGGGUUUUGGCCAGUACGCACAAAAUCUUCAAGAAGGAAGUUUUAGGAAAGAUGGGCAUGAAAGGAAAGAAUGGAUCCUGCAUAGGCUCUGCGCCAAAGGGAUACUCACAGACGCCUAAAGAGUUGGAGGCACGGGGGUACUGGGGGAACAAAGCCGAGUUCAUCCUGACUGUGAUGGGAGCGAUCAUCGGACCUGGGAAUAUCUGGCGGUUCCCCUACCUGUGCUACAGAAACGGGGGAGGUGUGUUCUUCAUCCCAUAUAUUUUGUUCAUGUUUACAUGCGGAGUCCCCUUAUUUUUCCUUGAGACUGCUUUAGGCCAAUACACUAACCAAGGAGGAAUCACGUGCUGGAGAAAGAUCUGUCCGCUUUUCCAAGGCAUGGGUUAUGCCAGUCACUUAAUCAUCGCUUUAAGUGCUACCUCCUAUAUUACCAUACUUGCUUGGGCGUUCUUUUACCUGUUCUCAUCCUUCAGUGCUGAGUUGCCCUGGGCCACAUGUGGAAACUACUGGAACACAGACUUAUGCUUGGACCUCAACCAUCCAAAUCAGAGCCAAUCCAGACUGAACGCCACUCUUCCCGUUGUGGAGUUCUGGCAACGUCGGGUUUUAAAAAUCUCUGGUGGUAUUGAGGAGGUGGGCAGCUUGAGAUGGGAACUGGUCUUGUGUCUCAUCCUGACCUGGGUCAUCUGUUACUUCUGCAUUUGGAAGGGCAUCAAAUCAACAGGAAAGGCAGCCUACUUCACAGCCACCUUCCCCUUCAUCAUGCUGUUUGUUUUGCUCAUACGUGGUGUUACCCUACCAGGGUCGAUGGAUGGGAUCAUUUACUACCUCUACCCUGAUAUCUCUCGCCUUUCAGAUCCCCAGGUGUGGAUGGAUGCUGGCACUCAGAUCUUCUUCUCUUACGCCAUUGGCCUUGGGUUCCUGACCUCUCUUGGGAGUUACAACACUUACAACAACAACUGUUACAGGGAUUGUUUCUACUUGUGUUUACUGAACAGUGCCACCAGCAUUGUGGCAGGCUUUGCCAUUUUCUCAGUUUUGGGUUUCAUGACCUACGAGCAAGGAGUCGAUAUUUCUGAAGUAGCCGAAUCAGGCAAGUACUGACUCAGUUGAGAUAUUUUUAUAGUGAGCAUCAAAGUGAACUGUUUUAACACAUUUCCCGUAAUUCUUGUUGGUGUAGGUUGUAGUAUAAAUAGUCAGAUACUGUACCCUGCAUAGAUACUACAACUUCA